AUAUACCUGAUCCGCCAUUGUUCUGCACUCAUCCUGUCAUUUGCUUUACCACGAUCUUCACGCUCUCAAUACAAUCCGAUUGUUAGCAUAUCUCUCUCCUACUCUCAAGCCGUUUCUCUCCCUCCUUUACCUCGGCAGACUCACACAAAAGACACCCUGCGCCGCAGUCCCGCAGGAACCAAGCGUCCCACACUUCACCAGCAAGUUUUGCACACAUAUCAUCGUCAAACAUACCUACCUUCUGAGCAGUCAUUGAUAUAGCGCACUGCGCGACAGUGCCAUGUCGUUCGCUCCUGUUGAUCCCCCGAAAUUGCGGGAUGACAGCAAAAAGCGGGUGGCAUACUUCUACGAUUCAGAUGUCGGCAACUACGCAUAUGUCUCAGGUCAUCCCAUGAAACCUCACCGAAUACGACUGGCGCACUCACUUGUCAUGAACUAUGGUCUCUACAAAAAGAUGGAGAUCUAUCGAGCGAAGCCUGCUACAAAAUACGAAAUGACCCAGUUCCACACAGACGAGUACAUCGACUUUCUGGCGAAGGUGACACCAGACAACAUGGACUCUUACCAGAAAGAACAACAGAAAUACAACGUUGGAGACGAUUGCCCCGUGUUUGACGGGCUUUUCGAAUUCUGUGGCAUAAGUGCCGGCGGGUCAAUGGAAGGGGCAGCAAGAUUGAACAGGCAAAAAGCAGAUAUCGCGAUCAACUGGGCAGGGGGUCUGCAUCACGCAAAAAAGAGCGAGGCCAGUGGCUUUUGCUAUGUCAAUGACAUCGUCUUAGGUAUAAUCGAACUGCUAAGAUUUCACAAGAGGGUACUCUACAUCGACAUCGAUGUCCACCAUGGAGAUGGAGUUGAGGAAGCUUUCUACACCACCGACAGAGUCAUGACCGUGUCUUUUCACAAGUACGGAGAGUAUUUCCCUGGCACAGGCGAACUUAGAGAUAUCGGCGUGGGCUUGGGCAAACAUUAUGCUGUCAACUUCCCUCUUCGUGAUGGAAUCGAUGACUCUUCUUACAAGGGCAUUUUUGAGCCUGUGAUCCGAGCCACUAUGGAACACUAUCAACCUGCAGCCGUUGUGUUGCAAUGUGGUGGUGACUCUUUGUCUGGCGAUCGCCUCGGUUGUUUUAACCUCAGUAUGAAGGGUCAUGCGAAUUGCGUCCGGUUUGUCAAAUCCUUCAACCUGCCCACACUGAUCCUUGGUGGCGGUGGAUACACGAUGAGAAACGUUGCGAGAACGUGGGCAUUUGAGACAGGAACUCUUGUCGGAGAACCCAUGACGCCCAAUCUGCCAUACAAUGACUAUUACGAGUACUACGCGCCUGACUACGAACUUGAUGUACGACCAUCCAACAUGGACAAUGCUAACUCGAAAGAAUAUCUUGAGAAGAUUCUGACGCAAGUCCUGGAAAACCUCAAGAGAACGGCUCAUGCGCCAUCGGUACAGAUGACUGACGUGCCACGCGAGUCACUUGGCAUGAAUGACGAAGAUGAAGCCGCUCUAGACGACCUCGAUGAAGAUCAGAAUGCAGACAGUAGAAUGUCACAACGCAAAGCUGACAAGUACGUUGAGAAGAAUGGUGAACUCUCUGACAGCGAAGAUGAGGCGAUGGAAGCCAUGGAUGGUCACGCAGGCAGUAGAAAACGCCGCAUCAUGGUGAAUUACCGUCAUAUCAUGGACGUGGGAGGCAAUGAUUCAGGAAUGGAGACGGGUAGCGGAAUCGACACGCCACAGCAGGGAUCGAGUCUCCCUGACGAUGCGGACGAGAUGAAUGUGGACGAAUUGGACGAAAAGAUCAACCUAAUUCCGAGCCCAAGCGCUGCAGAUAUGAAUGGUUCUGCUGCAGUGUCAGGUCAACAUUCACCUAGUGCUCCUGCUGCCGAUGACGACAUCGAGAUGGGCGACGCAGACGCAGAAGGAUCUGCGCCGACGAGUGCAGCUGAUGCUCUUCUCGCGGAGGAAGAAUCGACCAUCACCGUUCAGCCACAAGCACAACAACAGCAGACACCACCGGAAUCACCACCUGCGCAAGAAGCCGAGCAGCUUGCAACGACAUCUGGUGAUACUGCGCUGACAGCAACUGAAGGGGAAGCUGCUAUGGUAGACCCGGCUGCUGUAACUCUGACAGCGACAGCUACCACCGAGCCAGAUGCCACUGGCGCCAGUAUAGAGGAAGCAGCGAUCAAACAGGAAGUCACCGGUGAUGAUGAAGUGGCGAAAGCACAAGAGGAAGGGCGUAUGGAGAGAGAAGCGGUCAAUGCAGAAGGGGAAGCUAGGACCGAGGCGGUUGCGAGGGCUGAGACUGAUGGAAGGCCCGAGGACGAGCUGUAGGACAGCUUGGGACUGAAACUCCGGCCAACAUUCGGCCCAGAAGCCUGGCGCCGUCCGUGAGGAUGCUCUUUUGCAUUUUAUGAGAUUCAAGAAGGCGCCCUGUAUAUGUAGUCUGUGCUAAGCGUCAUGAGAAUUAUUGACAUAUGUUCGC